UCGUUUCUUCUCUUUUAGUAUCUGGAUCAAAUUAGGCAAUCGAAACAUUCCAACCUAUGCUGAUUUAAAUAAAAGUAAUUGUCCUGUGAUAAAAUUAAAAAGAAGAUAAAAUAAAAAGUCAUAAAAUUGUUGACAUGUUGACCCGCCAACCGCCAAAAAAGAAAAAAUAAGAUGUCUGAAAACUCUGAAAUAUAAAGUUUAAGAAUGUUGUAAACUAAAAAUAUCUAUUAAUUUAAGUGAUUUAAAAACGAAAACUAUAUUCAGUAUUUACCAAAAAUGGCAAAUGAAAACAACUGCAAUGGACAUUUCACAGAAGAUGACGAAAUGUCAUCGUACAAAAAAGAUUCUAAUUUGGCAGUUACAUUUCGUAUAUUAUAUGAUACAGAAAUUACUGGAAAAGACUUCUAUUUGAGUUUCAAUCCUGUGAUGUCGCAUCAAAUUUUCGGCGAAAACGAAAGCAUAUUUGGUUACCGUUCACUAACCAUCACUCUGAAUUACUUACACAAUUCCGCGAAGUGUUACGUUAAUAUAAAAAAUUCGGGACAGAUAAAAAGCGACGUUCACAAACCUGACGAUAUUAUGGAAUCUCUCAAUCCGUGGUUACCCGAAAAUUACGUUACUAAAGAAGAAGACUUUUUAAUGUUGCAUAAGACAGAAAAACACGAUUUAAUACAUGGGAAAAUUCUGCACGAAUUCAAAGAUAAGCAAAAAUGUCAGCUAUUUCCCGAUGAUGAAAUAUUCAGUACAUACAAAGUAACGCAUUGCGAUCUAACGGACGAUAAUUUCAAAUCAUUUCACAGUAGAUUUGAAACUUUCGUUAUUUGGUUCAUAGACGGGGCCAAUUUCAUAGAUCUCGACGAUGAGAAAUGGGAAAUAUUUUACGUUUACGAAGAAAUAACGCAUCCAAAGACUCAAAAAAUAUAUGUAACCCCAGUAGGUUAUUGCACUGUUUACAAAUUCUUUGCUUAUCCCGAAAGUAUCCGACCUAGAAUCAGCCAAUUUUUCAUUCUGCCGUCUCAUCAAAGACUCGGCCUCGGGACAGCCUUAUACGAGACCGUUUUUAAAGUGUUUCAAUCAAAAUCCGAAGUUGUAGACAUCACUGUAGAAGAACCGACAUCGAACUUCCAAAUAAUCAGAGACAUACACGAUUGUCUGAUGGUCAAAAAGUCUUUUUCGGAAAAUUUAAUGAAAGUAUUUAAAUCUCCGCCUAAGAAAAUAUUUAAUAAAAUGAAAGACAUGAAGUUGGGAAAGAAACAAUCGCAGAGAGUGUACAAUAUUUUGUGUUGUUUGGAAGCAGAGUCGAGUAAAACGACGUACGAUCAGCACUUAAACAACAUAAAGAACAAAAUUGAAAAAGAUGUAAAAGAGAAAAUGAACGGGAUUAAAAAAGCGCGCGAUGAAGCUGGAUUCGAAGUGAACAUGGAUGUAAUAUCAGAUAUGAAAACCAUGAUUGAAAGUGAAUUUAAAAGAUACAUGGAAGAUUUAGAAAUAUCUAUUAAAUGCAUCAAGAAGACUUUAGAGGUUUAAACUUUUGAAUGGUUUUUUUAGCCGAUUUGUUUUUUAAAAGUUCUUAUUCGUUUUGUCACUUGAGUAGAUUUAAGACUUACUUUUUUUAUUGAAAUCAGUGUUCUAUAUUCAUAUUAUUUUGUUAUUGUAAAAGUUGUCAUACUACUUUUAAAUAAAUUAAAUAUAU